AUGCCUCUCGAUCCGCUCUCCGCUAUCGGCCUGGCGGCGAAUAUCGUGCAGUUCAUCGAUUUCGGCCGUGAGCUUAUAUCAGAUGCCAAGGAGAUAUAUCAUUCAGCAAACGGGGCAACAGCCGACAAUGUUGAGCUUCAGGGUGUCGCCGAAAACCUUGCGCGUCUCAGCUCGACGCUGAUGAAACCACUGGAUCCCACCCAAGGCGCUAUCUCUGAGGCUGAAGCGGAGAUUGUCAAAAUCGCAGCCUCUUCUAGUUCCAUUGCAGACGAGCUCUUAGCAACCAUCAAGAACCUCAAAAUCGAACUGAAAGGGGCUUUCAACGAAAUGAGUCUAAUGACUGUGAGCCCCGGAAACUCGUCAAAGCUUUGCCUAUUCGUCGACGGUCUAGACGAAUACCAUGGCGACCCCUUGGAUCUUAUCAAAACAAUACAGAAUAUUGCUCAGAUCGACAAUGUCAAAAUUUGUGCUUCUAGCAGACCCUGGAACUGCUUUGAAGAUGCCUUUGGUCAAGAUGCUCAAAAUAAGUUAUACUUGCAAGACCUCACUAGAGAUGACAUUGUUCUGUACGUGAAGGAGAAGCUAGAGGAGGUUCCAAAAUUUUCACUGCUACGACAAGAUGUCGUCCAGAUUGAGCGACUGAUAUCAGAAAUCGUGUCUCGCGCCCAAGGAGUGUUUCUCUGGGUGUAUCUGGUUUCACGAUCUCUUAGGGAAGGCCUCAUCAAUGGCGAUUCUUUGACUCUGUUGUACGAGAGAUUAGUGGAGAUGCCAUCUGACCUUGAGGAAUUUUUCGAGAAACUCAUCAGAUCCGUCGAUAAGGUUUAUCGAACUAGGAUGGCUCACACUUUCCGAGUGGCGCUGGCAACACCUGAACCUCUUCGACUUACUCUUUAUUCAUUUAUUGACGAGGGUUCUCACAUUCUCAGGCCAAGUACCGGAGGAACUGACAAAGGCUCAUUCUCCAAUCGGGAAAUCUUCGAGACCGAAGAAGCAAUGAGUCGACAACUGAAUGGCCGCUAUAAAGGGCUCCUGGAACCAGUUGGUGAACCAGGAUCCAGGGAAGUCGAUUUUUUCCAUCGAACUGUUCGCGACUUUCUAGCCACAACGCAAAUGCAACAUCUGUUUGCUUCAUACUCCGCAGUCAACUUCAAUGCGUCUGUGUGCAUAUGUAAAGCGUUGAUUCAGCAAGUCAAAUCCUUCCCUAUUAGCCUUGGCCAAGUUGCCUUGAAUCAUUUCGUUGCGUUUGCUCAAAGAGCAGAGGAAGAGCGAGGCAUUCCCAGCACACCUUUGAUGGACGGGAUGGACGACGUCAUUGACUCAUGCGCUCCGUUGUCCUUAUUCAGAAAUAGCUUGGAGAUCCGUGGUAAACAUUCAAUCUCAUUGCUCGGGAAAGCCAUUGAGUAUCACUACGUCUCCUACCUUCAAGCUCGACUUGAAAGACAACCAGAUCUGUUCGUGGGCCACGAUGCACGAGCUUUGAUGAUAGCUUUCCUGCGGUCGUCCAGAUUCGAGACACAUGAUGUCAAGCAAGCUUCAUGUAGGAUGGCUGUAUUCCUACUCGAGAAUGGGGCCGAUCCAAACGGAACGAUUGACGGAAAGCCAAUACUGCACAUCCUGCUUGACGACUACGGUAUCUACGAUGCAGGUUUCGACGGGACUUUGCAUAUCUGA